AUGAAUAAGGGAAAUGACAGCUCAGUGACUGAAUUUCUCUUGCUGGGAUUUUCCAUUCUUGGAAAUAAACCGACCUUACUUUUCCUGGGCUUCUCCCUUACAUAUACCACAAUCCUUGUAUUCAACGUCAUCAUCAUGUCCGUCAUACUGCUCGACCAGACUUUACACAGUCCUAUGUACUUUCUACUCUUUGCAUUGUCUGUAUCAGAAACCUGCACCACAUUUGUUGCCAUCCCCAAGUUGCUGGUGACUCUGUUGACAGGCAAUCAAUCCAUUUCCUUUGCUGGAUGCACUGUGCAGAUGUUUUGCUACUUUGCCUUGGCAGCAAACAACUGUUUCCUGCUAGUCGCUAUGGCUUAUGAUCGGUAUGUGGCAAUAUGCUGCCCUCUUCAAUACCAGGUGCUGAUGAACAAAAGGGUUUGUACCAAACUGGUAGGUGCUUCAUGUGCAACUGGAUGUCUCAUAUCACUGAGUAUUGAUACCCUCAUUUUCAGGUUGCCCUUCUGUGGGCCAAAUGGAAUCAAGCAUUUCUUCUGUGAUCUCUCACCUGUGCUGAGACUGGCUUGCACUAACAUCCAUCUGACUAAUACUGCAGUUAUUAUUUUGUCUGCUAUUGUUUUGCUAGGCACAGUCAUACUGAUCUUUGUCUCAUACAUCUACAUCCUCUCUGCCAUCUUAAGGAUACACUCCAGCCUGGGAAGGCAGAAAGCCUUCUCAACCUGUGCUUCACACCUCACUGUGGUGAUAACACACUUUGGCUGUGCGUCCUUUGUGUAUUUGAGACCCAAGUCUGCCUCAUCACUAGAUCAGGACACAUUGAUCUCAGUGACUUACGUCUUUCUAACCCCUUUACUGAACCCUGUGAUUUAUACCUUAAGAAACAAGGAAGUUAAAUUAGCCAUCAAAAAAUUACUAAGAACCUCAUUUUGUUCUCAGAAACUGUGA